AUGGUCUACAUCACAUUCGCCUCCGUCUUUGCGGCGGCCUCGAUGGUCAUGAUGGCCGCCGCUGCCGACGAACAGCCGACAGCAACCAAGAUCAAGAACCCCAUCACCACACCAACAGUCACCCUGCCAGCAAGUGCCAUGACCAGCAUCGGUUGCUUUGAGACCUCAACCCCACUCGAGAACCACGGUCCAUACGGUUUCCAGUCGCCUGGUAACUGCCAACUCGUUUGCCUGGAGCAAAACAAGGACGUCAUGGGCCUGUCCAACGGCAAGGAAUGUUGGUGUGGUGACGAGAUACCCGCCAAAGAUUGGCAGACUAAGAACGAGACAUGCGGUACCCCCUGUGCCGGCGACGAUACGUCGCUAUGUGGUGGAAAGAACGUCUUGUGGGUCGUUCUCACAGGAAACACUCUGAACCCGGUCGACUAUUACGAGCCCGACGUGUCCAGCAGCAGCUCAGCAGCACCAAAGCCGUCGUCUGCUGCGCCAACAUCCACCGCUGCCGCCCAAGCAUCGGCCACUCCAUCCGAGGCGCCCAAGGAAGACGAAGACAGCAAACCAAACACAGUCGCCAUCGCAGUGGGUGUAGUCGUCGGCAUACUAGCCCUUGCCUCCAUCAUGUUUGGUGUAUGGUUCCUACUGCGCCGGAGACGUCAGCAUCAAGCAGAAGAAGACUAUCGUCGCAACGCCGCCAACGUGAAUGCUUUCGUCAACGGUGGCAAGCUACACACCAGCAACUCGUCCAUGAACGACUCUCGUCUGGACCCAAGCUUCGUUGACCGGAGGCAGAGCAACGGCAGUAUCGCAGACAACGAGGACUACUCGAGGCGGAUAUUGAAGGUUACCAACGUAUAA